AUGAUUGGCCACAUAAUUGCUAUCCAUAAUGGAAGAGAACACUUGCCUAUUUACAUAAUGGAUCGUAUGGGGCGUCUAAAAGAGGAAUACGAAUCAGAGAAACCCGAUGAGAUAACUACUAGAGGUCAAUCUAUAUCAAUGUCUGCUGAUAAAGCCAGAAGAAGAAACAGGGAGAUCGACGAAGAUGUUACUCAUCGUAUACAAGCGGGUUGGCUUAAGUGGAGAGCAACAAUUGGGGUGCUUUGUGAUAUAAAGUUUCCUAGUAGAUUAAAAGAAUGGAGGAUGGAAGUUACAGAAUUUCAUAUGAUGAGGUCGAUAUGUGGUUGCACAGUGAUAUAUAGGAUUAGAAACCACGAGUUUAGAGAGAAGUUAGGGGUUGUACCUCUCUCUGCAAAGAUACAUGAGAAUAGGUUGAGAUGGUUUGGGCAAGUGUAG